AUGCGCAAAGCCGGUGCAACCGUCAACCGAGCAGCUGGGGGAGCUUGCGAAUCGAAAAGAGUUCCUGUUAGAUACAGCUCUGGGAGAGGGGAACCCGUGGUUCCAGGGACGAGCAGUACCGUGCCGCGAGUUGUGGCAGCGAAGACUUCAACAGCUACAACAACAACCGCUGUAGAACCUCCAGCCGUUGUGUCGGCUACAGAACCCACUUCGCUUAGAGAACUGUAUCAUGCCUAUCAGUAUCGCGGCAACGCUACUGGCGUCACUACAGCUGGAGCAGCACCGACGACAGACUGCUCCCUGUUCCUGGCCUCCGCAGCGUGGUUGGGUGUAGGGGCAUCUCUGGAAGGUGUCAUUUGUGGAGAAGGCGAGGACGCCCCCUCAUACGAUCCUCCAAGUGCGGAGGGUGUUGUAACUGCGGCUCCUGCAUCUGCAGCCGCAAUGGCAGCAGCUCAGUCCGCAGCCUCACUAGAAGCAGCUGAUGCAGCAGCAGAGGCAAAUGUGCUUGCGGAAGAAGCGAAAGCUGCUGAUGCAGCAGCAGAGGCAGGUGUGCUCCCAGAUGAAGCAGAAGCGUCCCCAUUAGUGAAGGCCGAAACUGAAGCCACAAGCGCUGCGCCCUUCGAAGCAAGCGGAGAGUCUGGUAGUAAGAGGCUUUCUCCGGAUUCAGACGGAUGUCGAGCGUCAGAUGAAGACAGCUCAAAGGGAACAGAAUGCGCUGGUGGAGAAGCAGCUGCGGCAGCAGGAGUAGUAGCCGGAGAGGACACUUCAUGGUGGCCCUUGUGGCUCUCAGACUGGCACGUAUUGCCGCUCAACAGGCUUGCCACGCUCAUCCUGGAAACGCUUGUGUCUGGCAGCGUGGCGCUGGAACCGGCGGGCAGCAAACGUGGCAGCCCGCGCAGCAGUAGCAGCAAAGGCAGCAGCAAAAGAGACAGCAGCGUUGAGUCUUCUUUGAUAGAGAAAAAGCAGCGUUCUGAGCAGACGGGCGACGCGCGGCAAGGGCGCAGGUCAAUCAACGAAGAAGGGGGGGGGACUGAUUCUUCGUCGGAAGGGACAGUCGAGUCAUGUUGCAGUUGCUGCAGCAGCAAUCUUUGCACUGGCAGCGACAGCGACGGCGGCCAUGCACUCUUGCUGAGUUUUAGAAGCCUCAGGAGAUUCCACAGCAGGGCACAGAGAUUGCAGCGCAGCCGAUUAGCGCAUCAGCGACUCCUGCGGAAGUCCUCUACACAGCGCACGGAGUCUACGAUUUCCGCUGCUUGCAGCCACAGGAAGGGCAGCAGCAGUGCAAUACGCUUCUUCAGUAAAGACAGCCACAGGGAUUCAAGCCUCCCGAACGAGGACCAGGCGCAUGCGGACAGCAGGAACGCGCUGCAGCCGCAACACCCAAGCGUGACGCCCUCCCUAGAAAAUUGGAUGGGGACGCUUGGCCUCGAAUUCGCUCCCCUCGAACAGCUCAUCAUACCCGCGACACACAAUAGCGCAUCGUGGCGUGUUGCGCAUUUGAACGAGCAGCAGGCCUAUUAUUGCCGGCUUGUGCAGGUCUGGGUCAGUUGUCAGCAACUGAGCAUCUAUGAGCAACUGCGCCGAGGCAUACGGUGGCUGGACUUGCGCUGCUGUAAAAGCCUUGAAGCAGUGACUGUGCCUCCGCGUAUGCGACGGCGAGUCCGUCAUCGGAAGGUGGGCAUUGCUCCUCUAGCGCGGUAUGUUUCGACUCACCAUCCCCCUUCCGACGUUUUGGGGAGUGGGCCUAGCGGCAGCAGGUACGGCAGCGUAAAGAACAUGCUCGAACAGCCGCCAGCAGAAGCCAGUAGCUUGGAUAAUUUAAAGCCCUCAGAACGACCCCAAGCCCUCGCAGCAGUUGCGUCUUCGCGCGUUUUCUCGCCGAGCUGUAGAACUCCCCGAAGGGACAGACACCAGCAUGCCGGACCGCAGAGAACACAGAAAAAGCAGCUAGGGGGAGAAGCGGGUGAAGCAGAGGAGUUAGCGACGCAGCAAGAGCGCCGAAAUCAACAGAUAUCCUUGCUCGUCGACGAAGAAGCAAGCAGCCAACCCUCGCAUCGGCAUCACCAUCACCACUCGAAGCGCCUUGGCCACGGGCAUUCGGAUCCUGCCUCAGCUGGAACGCCUGCAGCAGCACACAGAGACCAUGCCCUUGCAACUGGAGCACGUCGGGUAGCAGUUGCUCGCGAAUUGGAGCAAGCGGGGGCUUCUAAGCACCAGGCAAUCCCCUACUGCGCACACGGAGGCGUGCUCACUGUCCCCUUGAUGCGCGUGUUGGAGGAAGUGCGCUUGUUUCUCGUUGCCCAUCCAACCGAAGUCGUUUUUUUGAGCUGUGUGCCGGACGAGGGCGUUAUUGGAGAGACAUUCUGCAGGCUGAAGGACAUCCCCGCCACUGAGGUGUACUUUUGCGUCGCCUCCUCGCUAGGAGACUUCUUGGGUCCUAGUCUCGAGGAGGGCGUGAGCCUCUCUGCACUUGUCAAGAGAGGACAACGCGUCAUUUUGCUAUGGUCUCAUCAAGAGCGAUGCCUCCCAGACGACGUGGCGUUUCCAUGCGAAAAAGGGCCGGACUGUCCUUGCAGAACAGCUAGUGAGGGGCGUUGCUGUUACGCCUCUCUAGCGGCAGACUGGGUCCAACGCGUUCGUCCGGUCUUUAGCGCAGCCAAUCGUUCAGGAGACACCGAAGGCUUCUUCCCGGAUGGCCACCAAGAGUCAUUGACAGAGGGCAUGGGGGUUUCUACGGCUUCGUCCUCUGGAAGCGCCAGUACUUUUGCAGACAGCAUCAAGGCCAGUCGUCUCGGCAGUAAGGCAGCACUAGAAGCAACACGCGCGAUUCCAGAAGCUACACCGGGUUUCUUAGCAGGUAGGAACAUGGGGCGCAACGUGGUGACGUCAUUCGUUCCGUCGCCGUUUAGAGCCGGUAGUUCGCGACUCUUCAAGUCGUACUAUCGCACGGGCACGCUCCAUCCUGAAGAACUCAUCGUGAAUCUACUGCGCUGGACUUCUGAGGAGCAGCGGACGGUGGCUGUGCAGCGUCGACAUGAAGCUAGGGGCGCGCUAACAUUUGAAAACAACCAGAGACGGCCCAUCACAUUUCGAAUGCUUUGCGGGGAAGUCACAGCGCCUCGUAAGUUCGCUGAACUACCGUUUAUUAAGUAUUGGUUCGGCCAGGGUGUUGCCGCUUGGAAGGAAAAACCUACAGGCAUCAAAACAGCAGCUUUUGAAGCCAACAAUUUGCUCCUCAAUACCCUUCUGCGACCGCUUCUACAGCAAAUCCACGAUUGGGAUGCCACCCGCAUACACAGCCAGAGUAAUGACGAUGCCACCAGUACAACCGGGACCGAAGGAGCACGGAACCCACUGCAGUAUAUCAAUGUCUUUUCACACGACUUUGCGGACAGACGCAUUAUAUCCAUGUUGCUGCGGAUUAAUUGUGCGUUGCACUGUAACCUUGGCGAAUAG